GACGCGCGCUGCUUUAAAAGUCGCGGCCCGGGGGCUCCUCCCGACUCGCUGCUGCCCCGGGCCCGGCUGCUCGUCUGCUCUCCCGCUCCCUCGGCUCCGUGCACGCCGCCACCGCCGCCAUGCUCUCCGUACGCGUCCCGCUCGCCACCCUCGCUGACCAGCAGCAGCUGCAGCUGUCGCCGCUCAAAGGGCUCAGCCUGGCCGACAAGGAGAACACGCCCCCGUCCCUCAGCGGGACCCGCGUGCUGGCCAGCAAGACGGCCCGGAGGAUCUUCCAGGAGCCCGCGGAGCCGAAAUCGGCAGCUGCCGCGGCCGGCGAGGAGGAGGAGCCGCUGCUGCGGGAGAACCCCCGGCGCUUCGUCAUCUUCCCCAUCGAGUACCACGACAUCUGGCAGAUGUACAAGAAGGCCGAGGCGUCCUUCUGGACGGCCGAGGAGGUGGAUUUGUCCAAGGACAUUCAGCACUGGGAGGCCCUGAAGGACGAGGAGCGGUACUUCAUCUCGCACGUCUUGGCUUUCUUCGCCGCCAGCGACGGCAUAGUAAACGAAAACUUAGUGGAGCGGUUUAGCCAAGAAGUUCAGAUCACCGAAGCCCGCUGCUUCUACGGCUUCCAAAUUGCCAUGGAAAACAUACAUUCAGAAAUGUACAGCCUGCUUAUCGACACUUACAUUAAGGACCCCAAGGAAAGGGAAUUCCUCUUUAACGCCAUUGAGACGAUGCCUUGUGUCAAGAAGAAGGCGGACUGGGCCUUGCGCUGGAUUGGGGACAAAGAGGCGACCUAUGGAGAACGGGUGGUAGCCUUCGCUGCGGUGGAAGGCAUUUUCUUCUCCGGCUCCUUCGCGUCCAUCUUCUGGCUCAAGAAGCGAGGCCUGAUGCCUGGGCUCACUUUCUCCAAUGAACUCAUUAGCAGGGAUGAGGGUCUGCACUGCGACUUCGCCUGCCUCAUGUUCAAGCACCUGCUGCACAAGCCCUCCGAGCAGAGGGUGAGAGAGAUCAUCGUCAACGCGGUGCGGAUCGAGCAGGAGUUCCUCACGGAGGCUCUGCCCGUCAAGCUCAUUGGCAUGAACUGCACUCUGAUGAAGCAGUACAUCGAGUUCGUAGCGGACAGGCUGCUGCUGGAGCUCGGCUUUAACAAGAUUUUCAGAGUAGAGAAUCCCUUUGACUUCAUGGAGAAUAUUUCACUGGAAGGGAAGACGAACUUCUUUGAAAAGCGGGUAGGCGAGUACCAGAGGAUGGGGGUAAUGUCGAGUCCAUCGGAAAACUCCUUUACCUUGGACGCUGACUUCUAGAUGAACUGUGAAGAGGCACUCUCAUGGCUGAUUUCUUUACCCAUCCAUCUAAAAAAAAAAAAGCUGGAAGUUUCGCCGAACUACCCCAUGAAUUGUCCCAAGUGUUGGUGUAUGGCAUCUUAAGGUUGUGUGGCUAUCUCAGUGGGUUGUUUGUCACUAGAGAGAACAUCAGGGAAAGUUCCUGGGAUGCUUGGGACAGGACUUGGCUGUGGUCGCCUUCCAGGCACAGUCCUGCCGCCUGCCUGCGACCUCACCCUGGCA